AUGGGAAGGACCGACCCUCGGCGCCUCCCAGCCACCGCCUCCCAAGAGUCCGUGCCGCGCUCAGCGGGCUCCCGAGCCACAGCCACGGGUUGCUGGAGCCGGAACCGGGGCCUGUGCAUGCUGUUGUUGACCUUCAUGUUCAUGGUGCUGGAGAUGAUGGUGAGCCAGGUGACCGCGUCGCUGGUGAUACUCUCCGACUCCUUCCACAUGCUGUCGGACGUGCUGUCGCUCGUGGUGGCACUGGUGGCCGAGCGCUUCGCCCGGCGGACCCACGCCACCCAGAACACGUUUGGCUGGAUCUGGGCCGAGAUGAUGGGGGCUCUGGUGAACGCCAUCUUCCUGACCGGCCUCUGCUUCGCCAUCCUGCUGGAGGCCAUCGAGCGCUUCAUCGAGCCUCACGAGAUGCAGCAGCCGCUGAUGGUCCUCGUGGUCGGCGUGGCGGGGCUGGUGGUCAGCGUGCUGGGGCUUUGCCUCUUCCACCAUCACAGCGGCUUCGGCAACAACUCCGGCCACGGCCACCCGCACGGGGUUCACGGCCACACCAAGGGGGUCUGUGGCCAGAGCAGCCGCCCCGGGGACAGCGACCACAGGAGCCCGGGCGGCCAGAGACCCGACCAGGAGGUGACCAACACCUUGGUGGCCGGUAGCAGCAACUCCAAUGGGCUCAAACUGGGCGGGGCAGAUCCGGAAAAGUCCAGAACUGAUGCAGCAGAUGUACAAAUGAAUAGGAAUGUUAUCAGAGAAGCUGAUAAUAUGGAUUUGGAAGAUGAAGCAGAUGAUGCUCAAAAGGCUGGACAACUUAACAUGCGUGGAGUUUUUCUGCAUGUCUUUGGAGAUGCUUUGGGUUCAGUGAUUGUAGCUGUGAAUGCCUUGGUCUUUUACUUUUAUUGGGAUAGUUGUCCUGAAGGGAAGUUCUAUGAAAACCCGUGUAUCGCUGACCCCUGCAAAACGCUUGUAGAAAUAAUCAAUAGUACUCAAGGAACAGUUUUUGAGGCCGGUCCUUGCUGGGUGCUAUAUUUAGAUCCAACGCUUUGUAUUGUAAUGGUUUGUAUACUUCUUUACACAACUUAUCCAUUACUUAAGGAAUCUGCUCUUAUUCUUCUACAAACUGUUCCUAAACAAAUUGAUAUCAGAAAUUUGAUAAAAGAACUUCGAAAUGUUGAAGGAGUUGAGGAAGUUCAUGAAUUACAUGUUUGGCAACUUGCUAGAAGCAGAAUCAUUGCCACUGCUCACAUAAAAUGUGAAGAUCCAACAUCAUACAUGCAGGUGGCUAAAACCAUUAAAGACAUUUUUCAUAAUCACGGAGUUCACGCAACUACCAUUCAGCCUGAAUUUGCUAGUGUAGGCUCUAAAUCAAGUGGAGUCCCAUGUGAACUUGCCUACAGAACUCAGUGUGCUUUGAAGCAAUGUUGUGGGACUCGGCCACAAGCCUAUUCGGAAAAGGAUACAGAAAAGGCCCCAACAGUUAGCAUUUCCUGUUUAGAACUUUGUGAAAAUCUAGAGAAGCCCAGGACUCAAGCUGAAGACAUGCCUGCUGUUGUGCUAGACAUUAAAAAGACAAACAAACAACCUGAAUCAUCUUUGUGA